AUGGAGGGACUGAGACGUCCGAGAUCGGUGGUAUGCCUGACUUUUGGUCUUUUACUUGGUCUGACUAUAGUAUCACUCCAUCUCUCACCUACCGCCAGAGAAUAUGCAUCCGAUAAACUACCUCCCUUAUCAAUCCCUAAGAUAUUCUCCAAACCCUCUUCACCCAUUCCUCCCAUCUCCCCCUCACCAUUCUCACCUUCCAUCCACUCGACGCCUAUCGACACUUCUCUACAGUCCACUUCUCCCGACCCACGUAUAAGCCAAACAAGGUACCUAGGGGGUGUACCAGGCCAUCAAGUUUUUCAGAAUUUAUGGAUCAAGAAUCAGACUUUUUACGUGAUGAAUACUCGAAGAAAGACUAUACCAGGUAUGAGCAGGGUGGUCAGUGGGGAUACACUCUGGGAGGUCGUGAGGGAUCCUGAGGAUCUGGAAAUGAGAGGUGCGGAAGAUGCUUUGGUCUUAGAGGGAUCCACAAUUUUCAUAAAUGACGGAGCCAAGACAGACAUGUGGCAUUACCUAUCCUCCUACUACCCCUUUAUUGCCGAGGUUUUCCUAGGAUCCACAACGGCAUUGGCAUCCGUCCCUGCCCCGAUGGAGUUGGUCGAACAGGUGAGACCAGGUAUAGAAGUUCCGAAAGUGCCGAAGAGAGUGGUGAUACCGUGGAAAGCUGCUGAAGGAUGGAGGGAUGAAGAAGGGAUGAAUGAGCUGGUAUUGAAAGGUGUUUUUGGGGAAGCUAACCUCAUCGAGCCGUAUCACUGGAGUAUGCUUAAUGAUGAAUCGCAAUCUCACCAAGGCUGGAUUUUCCUCGAGCGAGUCGUCAUAGCAGACCGAUGGGCUUCGCAUCGACACAACCCCCUCUCAGAUUCUCUCAAUAAAAUGGCAGCAUCGAUAUUCUCGCGUCCACAUCCACCAUUCUUCUUCACACCUGUACGAGAAGCGUUCUUAUCCCACUUAUCAAUCCCUUCACCGCCUAAUCGCAUAGAUCCUCAGAGAGCGCUGAAAGGUCUACCGAAGAUUGUGUAUGUAGAUAGACAGAAUACUAAUCGGAAGUUAAGCCCGGAAGGACAUAAGGAAUUGUCGGUGGUGUUAGGGGAGAUCGAGUCGAUUGGCAAAGCUACGGUGGGACAUAAGAAGCUGGGUAAACUGAGCGGGAAGGAGAAGGUCGAGGCUGUACAUGAUGCUGAUAUCCUUAUUGGGGUACAUGGUGAUGGACUGACUAACCAGCUCUGGAUGCCUGAAGGUGGAAUAGUUAUUGAAAUAUUCCCUCCCAACUCUUGGUUGCCCGAACAUCAAAUUGUAUCUGAUAUACUGAACCACGAAUACAUACCGAUCUGGAAUGACCGAGCGAUAUCAAGGGAAGAAUGGGACACAUUCCCGAGACAACAUGGUGAACAUCUCCUGAACAAUGGAGAGGAUGUACCUCUCGAUGGAACAUUUUUGAGAUUAUUACUUGAGGAGAUAGUUCAGAGGAUGACGGGCCCAUGA